ACUGUACGCCUACAUAAAGCGGCGCGCGGCGCGCUCGACGGUGAGCAGCAUGAGUCUCCACGGGAAAGUGGCUCUGGUCACCGGCGGCGCACAAGGCAUCGGAAGAGCCGGGGUGGAACAUCUCCUGGAGAACGGGGCGAAGGUUGCACUGGUAGACCUGAACCAGUCUGUGGGAAAGGAAUGUAAAAGCGAUCUAGAUGGCCAGUUUGGAGAGGAUAACUGUAUUUUUAUCCAGUGUGACGUGACUGACGCGGGGAAACUUAGAGAUGCCUUUCAAAACACUGUAGAGAAAUUCGGCCGGUUGGAUAUUGUCAUCAAUAAUGCUGGAAUCAACAAUGAGAAGAACUGGGAAAAGACCAUUGAAGUAAAUUUGACAUCCGUCAUACAGGGGACGUAUUUAGCACUAGAACACAUGAGUAAAGAGUACGGAAAAGAAGGAGGGGUCAUCAUCAACAUUUCAUCUAUGGCAGCAUUUCUCCACUCUCCUCACCAGCCAGUAUACACGGCGACAAAGCAUGGGGUGAUUGGAUUUUCAAGAGCCAUUGCAGACGCAUCUGAACAGGGCAAUUAUGGAGUGAGGAUCAACAUGCUGUGCCCAGCCUUCGUGGACACCCAACUCCUUCGCACCGUGGAGCACGAGGAAACAAUGGGCAAGUUUGUCAAGUACAAAGAUGAAUUCAAGCAACGGAUGGACAAGUACGGCAUUCUUAAACCAUCUCUGAUUGCAGAAGGAAUGCUGCGAAUGAUAACGGAUGAAAGCCUAAACGGAGCCGUGAUGAAGAUCACCUGUUCUAAAGGCAUUCACUUCCACACCUAUGAACCUAUUUCAGCUUGAGAGCGAUGCCGGCAACAAACGUCUUUGUCUUUUUUCCUCUCCUCUCCAUUCCAUUCCUCAAGAGAACAUUUAUUUUAUUUAAGCCCAGCGCAGACACCGCAAGCAGCUAGUUGAAUGACACAAACCUAUGGUGCAUUUAAGAAAUAAAAUUUUUUUCCUGCCUAUCAUUUGAGUUUUGAAAACCAAAAAGGACUGCAUAAUGGUAUUCGGGCCUCUUUCUAAUCUGGUUUAAUUUUUUUGUAAUGUCCUUGAACGUUAAUUUGUAUGUAAGUGCUUUAACUGUGAGUAAUCAUAUUUAUUAAUAAUUCAGCUAUUGUUUUCAUGUCAAUCGUACCUCAAUAUCGCAAACCAAUGAUUCUUAUUUUUUUUGUACAUUUUUUGUAUAUUUUAGAUAUCUUUGUGGCAAAGAGAGUAUCUUUUAUUAUGUAUACCUUAUGUAUAAAUCAAACAAUAAAUUUGUGAAAAUACAAAAGAAAG